CCUCAGGAUGCUUACUUCGGCAAUCCUUUGUUUAGUUACCCACAACCACUUAAGACAUUUAACCUUUCAUAAUUGCCAUUCAUAAAAACUCCUCAGAUGCGUUAAGACCUUAACUCAAAAUGAAUAACUUAAAUCUUGUGACAGUUUUUACCGUGUUGUGUUGUGCUGCAUCUUUUGGCCAUAAUCAAAGUGCUCGUAAUUUCAACAGUGAUUGUGGCCAAGUCUUCACCCAAAAACAAUUUGUAAUAGAAUCGCCAGGUUACCCGAGCAAUUAUCCCCCAGAUUUUGAAUGCUCGUACCUCGUAAAAGGACCCACAUGUCCCACUCGUUUCAGUCUCCAGUUUGUUGACUUCAGCAUUGAAGAAUCGUUAGGCUGUUAUAAAGACCGGCUGGAAAUCGGCGAUAAAGAUGCCGUUUGCGGUUCAAGAUACGACACGAAAGAGUAUUUUUCUGAUAAAGGCACCCUGAUUUUAAAAUUUGUCUCCGAUAAAGAUAUAACUGGAAGGGGAUACAGAAUUUUCGUAUCACGCUCUUCAUGUCAGUCAGAGCAACCGACUAUUCCGUCAGUCCCCAAAUGGCAUACAACAAAUUCUGAUGUAGAAUACACUACCACUAAACGGCCCACGUACAACCAAGGCAACAAAUGUUGCCAAACUUCUUACAACUCGAAACAGUUUACUUUGGCAAGCCCUAACUUUCCCUACAGCAUGAGCAAACCCACAGAAUGUCUGUUUGAAAUUUAUAAAACCAAUAGCAACAUUUGUAGACUAAGAAUUCACGUUCAGUUCUUCUGGUUGGGAAGACCUAGUAACAACUGUCCGGAAGGUUUUUUGGAAAUUGAUGGCAAAUUUAUUUGUGGUUGCCAAAGAGACCUAAAAUUAAUCGUCCCGUUUGGAAAUGAGCACACAAAGAUUUUGCGAUUUGUGAGCAGAGGUUACGAAAGAUCGUCAUAUAGCGGUUUCGUCAUGAAUUUUGUACAAGAUGAGUGCCCUAAGAAAUAUAUCCCUGAAGACGUGAAAACAAACCUAACGCAAGAAAAAUUUAGGUUUUACAACGAUCAAAUUAAACGCGUUGCUUGGCCUAACAAGUCUCACGAUUCUGUGAUUGAAAAGUUGCACUUAAUUAGCGAAAACACGGAAGUGAUUGACGAUAAACCGCAAGUUGUCAGACACGUGUAUUUCUACGCUCCACCUGACUUUAACCGAAUUCCUCGAGACCGUGAGGAGACCGAUUACAUCGACACCUCAAUUGUUAGCACCUCUUUUGUGCAAAAUAGUUACAGUUACAACUAUUGUCUUAACUGGAAUCGACUGCAAUUUAACGCUCUACCUUUGAGGAAUUUUCCGAUCUGUAAGACGGACGAAGUGAGCGAAGGUAAUGUUGAGCCCAGAAAAUGCCUAGAAUUGAACCACCUUCGGGGUUACUUUAAAAGUCCCGGAUAUCCCUUUUAUUAUCCAGGCAAUAUGCACAUUUGUUACAGGUUUGUAAAAGAGCCAGGAUAUUGCAGCAUCAAAAUACACAUGAGAGACUUCAACCUUCAGAACAGCAAUGCAUGCGAAAAUGACUAUUUGCUCUUUGCAAACCAAUUGAGAUAUUGUGGGAGUCGCUUAUCUAAUACAAUUUCGACUCUCGAUUUGCGGGACAAACCCUACGAAGAGAUCACUUUCGUGACGGACGAAUUUUACUGUGGUAGGGGUUUUUUCGGUAGUUAUGAGCAAAUUCCCUGUCAGGAAAAACCGAUCACUCCUGCGCCAAUACCUUGCUCAAGGACAAUCCAGGACGAGAUGUUUACUCUCGAUGUUUAUGAUUACCACGAGUCUCCUUGCUCGUUUCUAAUAAAGAAAUCCAAACAGUAUGUUUGUUCCGUAACACUUUAUUUUGAGAGGUUUGAUUUGGUUUGUGCAUCUGAGUCAUUAGUCAUUGAUGGGACGAUGUAUUGUGGACAUUUGAGUGGACAGUCUGUCAAGAUCAGCGUCACAGAUCAAGACCCUGUAAUUAUUUAUAAGAGAAUUUCACCUGCCGGUGUCGAUGGGCUCAGGUUACGUAUUAAGGGAGUCCAGACUUCGGAAGAUUGUCCUUACCCUGAAGUUCCCGCAGAAAGAAUUUUCCAUAUUCCGUCGCCGCGAAAAAUACAACUCGAAAAUAAUUCGAAGUUUCUUUUGAAAAUUGAUAAACAUUUUAAAGAUAUUUGUGGAGUAGUGACCAAUACAACUGAAAUUAAUCUUCCUGAAACAUUCUGUGACUUUAUAAUGCAAAACCAAAAAAACAUUACAAACUGUCUUCCUAUUAAAGCGAAUUCGCUUUUUGUACCGAUUGACUCGCAUAAAAUUGAGCUCAAGAUUCAAGAUGUGGAAAAAACUGAAGAGAUUGAGUUUCAGGAAGUCGACUGCGAUGAAGUUGGGCAUAUGGUGGAGUAGAUUUAGUUGAACAUUCUGUAUUUUUUACUUUUUAUAUAAUAAAUAAAUGGAUAACCCUA